AUGAGUUUUGGGCUUGGUAUAGGAGACUUUCUUGCAGUCAUCAAGCUCGCAGAGAAGAUCCGCAAGAGGUUCAAUGAGGCACCUAGCCAGUUUAAUGCAAUUUCCGACGAGGUUCGAAGUCUCUCCCAUGUGUUGCAUGAUUGUGAAGUUGAUCUCUCCAUCGAAGAACUUAGCGACAAGCAAAAGAAAAACCUUCUGGAGAUAGAGGAGAGCUGCUACAGUGUUCUUCUUGAAAUUGAAAAGACCAUCGCGAGAUACAGUCAACUAGAGGACAAUCAAAACAGCAAAAUAGAUAAGGCGAAGCGUGUUUGGAGACGUCUCAAAUGGGAACCCGCCGAUAUUUCCGACCUUCGAAGCCGAGUAACAAGCACGGUUGUUAUUCUAAAUGCUUUCAUUGGUGGCGUCACCCAAAGCAAUGUCUCAAAGCUGGUACAACACCAACAAAGCCAAGAGGAUCGGGAGAUACUUGACUGGCUGUCAUCGGAGGCUUAUGCCACGCAGCAAAGCGACCAUAUCAGUCGACGCCAAGAAGGGACAGGAGAGUGGCUUCUAGAGUCGCCAGAGUUUCAAGCAUGGAUUUCAACGCCUAAAGCGACAUUAUUUUGUCCUGGUAUUCCGGGGGCAGGGAAAACAAUAAUGGCAGCAGCAGUCAUUGAGGAACUAAAUGAUCUCCAUGGAAAUAAUUCUGAUGUUGGUAUUGCGUACUUUUACUGCAAUUAUCAUCGACCGGAUGAGGAGAAACCAGCGAAUUUACUCGCUAGUUUGCUCCGGCAGUUGGCUCAAGGGCAGUCAACAUUACCAGAUAGUCUGAAGACACUCCACGAUCAACAUAGGAGGACUGGAACUCGGCCGACGCUCGCGGAGAUAUCAAAAGCACUCAACUCAGUUGCAAGUCGGCUUUCUCAACUGUUCAUUGUUCUUGAUGCUUUGGAUGAAUGCGAAAUAUCACCCCUAUCACGAGACAAAGUCUUGGAUGUGAUCUUCGACCUUCAGUCCAAGUAUAACCUGAACAUCUUGGCAACUUCAAGGUUCCUUCCUGACAUCGUUGAAAGGUUUACUGGCAAGCCUUCACGGGAGAUUUCAGCAAGUAGCCAUGAUGUAAAGAGAUAUCUGGAAGAGAACGUAGCGUCUCUCCCACGAUGCGUUUUGACGAACCCAGAGCUCCAGAAAGAGAUAAUCACAGGUAUUAUUGCUACAGUUGAUGGAAUGUUUCUUCUCGCGAAGCUGUACCUCGACUCCUUAAUUGGGAAGAAGUCCCCUAAAGCGAUACGAACUGCACUCGCGAAGCUGUCUAAGGGGUCGGACGCAUACGAAGCUGCGUACAACGGAGCCAUGGAACGAAUCCAGGGGCAACAUCCGGAGCAGAAGAAUACAGCUUUGGAGGUCCUAUCAUGGAUUACAUGCGCAAAAAGGCAGCUCACCACGAUUGAAUUGCAGACUGCUCUCGCGGUCGAGAUUGGUGAAUCUGAAUUUGACUGUGACAAUAUGCCAGAUCUCGCAGAUAUGGUCUCUGUUUGCGCAGGAUUGGUCACCGUUGAUGAACAAGGUGGCAUUGUUCGACUGGUUCAUUACACGACACAAGAAUACUUCACGCGAACCUGGCAGCGGUGGUUUCCAGAUGCACAUGUCCAACUCUCCAGGGUCUGCAUUACAUAUUUGUCAUUUGAUGAGUUUGCAGCAAGUCACUUACCCUCAGAAGAGGAUAAAAGAUUCAACGUCUCAGAUGUGUUUGAAGCAAGGUUUGACUGGAAGGACCAUGCCCUCUAUCCCUAUGCAGCCAGAAACUGGCACACCCAUGAUUGGGUUCGGGCGAUGGGUGAAAACAAGCUUCCAGGUUUUGUGGUGAAUCAACGAAAGCUGGUCACUUAUAGUAGUUGGUUUCAUACAGAAGGGCCACAUGGCAUCGGUGGGUCUCACGGCUGUGAUGCAUCCAAGCGAACCACUGGUCUACACCUUGCUGCAAAGCUCGGGUUGGAAGAAAUGGCACGGCAGCUUCAACAGAGCAUUCCAAUAGAUUUUCAGGACUCGCUUGGAAGAACCUCUUUGUCCUAUGCCGCAGAGUAUGGUCACGAGAGUGUGGCCAAGCUCCUAAUUGAGAAGGACGCGGAUAUUGAAUUUCGAGGCGCAGAAUCCAAUCGAACUGCUUUGGAAUGGGCUUCACUGUAUGGCCACGGAAAUGUGGUCAGCCUUUUACUCGAACAUGGCGUGAAUGUGGGAGGUCUGGACUGCUGGUCUCGAACCCCAUUGUCGUCUGCUGUCGAUAAUGGCAACGAGACAGUUGUUCGGCUGCUCCUAGAUCAUGGAAUUGAUCCAAACUAUGCACAUCCGGAAACUGGCAUGGUUCCAUUGUCAUACGCCGCAUGGAAUGGUCAUGAGGCAUUGGUCCGGGUUCUAUUGGAGAAGGGCGCGGAUGCAGAACCUCGAAGCCCAACAGCUGGGCGCACUCCAUUGUUGUGGGCUGCAAAAUAUAACCAUGUGCCAGUGGUCAAGCUUCUACACGAGAAUGGCGCGGAUAUAGACUCUCGAAGCCAAAGAGUUGGUUUGAAUGCACUGUCAUAUGCCGCAAAAAAUGGCUACGAGGCACUUGCCCGGCUUCUGCUCAAGAAUGGUGUUGACCCAAAUUCUGCGGACAAUGCUGGACGAACACCCCUAUCAUGGGCAGCUCAGAACAAACACAGUGAAGAAAAGAAAUUCGUUUGUCUUGGGCACCGGCCUGAUUUAGAUGAUGCACAUAAUGAGGAUGGUACGCCCAAGCACAGAGGGGAAAAGAAUUUCGUUUGUCUUGGGUAUCGGCCUGAUCUUUAUGAUGCGCACAAUGAGGAUGGAACACCAAAACACCAGGUAUCUGAGAGACGAAGCGGGGAAGAAGUGGCAAGAAUACUACUUGAACAGGGCGCGGAUCCGGAUUCCACUGACAAGGCUGGACGAACACCUCUAUCGUGGGCAGCGCAGAAGGGAAACGAGCCGAUGAUUCAGCUCCUACUAGAAAAUGGCGCUGAUCCAAACCUUGGGGACAAUGAUGGGCGAACGCCUCUAGCGUGGGCGGCUGAGAGAGAAAGAGAAGAAACGGUGAAGAUACUACUCGAAAAUGGGGCUAAUUUAAAUUCCAUGGAUAACUAUGGCCAAACUCCGCUGUCAUGGGCAGAGAAGAGUAGGCCAUACUGGUCGACGGAGAUACCAACAGCAGUGGUCAAGAAUUUGUUGGAAUAUGGUGCUGAUCCAAACCUCGCAACAGGAUUCAAGUAUUCGGAGUUCAUUAGGUCCGCCAAAAGCAUCAAUGCCUAUGAGUGGGAUGCCUGUUCCACUAAGAGCAACUGCACAGAAUCUGACUUUGACAUGUGUUAA